CGCCGCAUCUCAGCAUUCAUUUCGCCAUCCACGAGCAAAUCCAUCCGCCGCGCCGCGCCACGUCGGGAGAAGGAGGAGGUAGGUGAGAGAUAGGAGAAGGGAGCGAUGGAGAUGGAGGCGGCGGCGGCGGCCAUGGACUUCAACGCCCUCUCGCGCCGCGAGCUCCAGGCGCUCUGCAAGCUCAACGGCGUCCGCGCCAACAUGACCAACCUCGCCAUGGUCGAGGCCCUCCAGUCCCUCGCCUCGGUGGAUGGGAUCGACCAGAUCGGCACCACGCUCUGCCUCCCGACCCCAGGCAAGUCGGCGAUGAAGUCGGUCCUCAAGGCCACGCCGGCGGCCGCGGAGGACCAGCAGCAGCAGCUAGGGAGCCCGCUCCCGCGCGGCCGCCGCGUCUCGGUCAAGUCGCCCGAGGCCAUCCGGAUGGACGUCGAGGAGGGCGAGGACGAGAUGAAGCGAAAUCUCAUCAAGGAGAUCGUCAGGACCCCCGGCGUCGCGCUGCGCAGCACCAGCCGCCGCCCGCGGGCCACGCCCGCACCCCUCCCCCCGACUCCCGCGGAGGGCACUCUGCGGAGGAGCCAGAGGUCGAUGAGGAAGACCGAGAUGGCCAUGGAGGUCGAGGUGUCCGCCACUAAGAGAUCGACUAGGAAGACUGCCAGAUCGAAGGCGAUGUUUGAUUUGGACCAGGAAGAGACGGAUUCGACCCAACUCAAGGAGGAGAAGGUGCAGGAAGCAGAGCCCAAGGGUGUUACUUCUAACGACAAGUGUGAUGACCCCGAGGAGGAGGAGGAGGAGGAGGAGGAAGUUACAAAGCUUCAGGAAGAAGGAAACAGCAAAGCGGAUGAACCUGAGCAGGGAGAUGAAGUGGUUUCUUCUGUUGUGCCCAUUGAAUCUGCUGACAAGGGCUGUGAUAAUUCUAAGCUGGAGGAAGUUGUGGAAGAGGCUACCAAGCUCCAGGAAGAAGCUGCAGUUGAGGAAGAACAGAAGCUUGUCAGUGCUGAGAAGUCUGUUCCCUUGUCAGCAAUGGAGGAUUCACCUAUCUUAGGUGUCCUUUCCAAGGCCACACCUGAACCUGCCAUCAAGAACGUUGAAGGUACCUCAACUGAAGAUGGUGAAAGCAGCAAAUGGUCACCUGUGUUCGAGAUAGUUGAUGAGAUCAACAGUGCCAGUGAAGACAAGGAAGUAGCUGCUGUUGAAGUGCCAAAGGAAGCCAUCAACGAAGAUGAUUUCAGUUCCACCGCUGAGGCAUCUGGUGUUCCUAACAAGAUGAUCCCAGCUGCUGUGACAGAGAAGGAAGUCGCUGGUGAUGAUUUGAAGGAAGAUGCUUUCAAUUCCACCGUUGAGGCUUCUGAUGCUCUUAACGAGAAGAUGACCCCAGCUGCUGUGACAGAGAAGGAAGUUUCUGCUGAUGAUUACCAGGAAGAUGCUUUCAGUUCCACCGUUAAGGCUUCUGAUGCUCUCAACGAGAUGACCCCGGCUGCUUUGACAGAGAAGGAAGUUGCUGCUGAUGAUUUCAAGGAAGAUGCUCUCAAUUCCACCAUUGAGACUGCUGAUGCUCCUAACGAGAUGACACCAGCUGCGGUGACAGAGAAUGAUGUUGCUGCUGAUGAUAUUAAGGAAAAUGCUUUCAGUUCCACAGUUGAGACUGCUGAUGCUCCUAACAAGAUGAUCCCAGCUGCUGUUACAGAGAAGGAAGUCGCUGCUGCUGAUUUGCCGCAGAGUGAUCUGACAGAAGAGGAUAGUGCUGAGGAAAGUGACCUUGAUGGAGUGGGCAGUGAGGAGGAUGACCUCAGUGAGUACAGUAGUGAGGAGGAUGACCUCAGUGAGUACAGCAGCGAGGAGGAUCCCCUCGAGGAGGAGGAUAUGCAGAAGGUGAGCGACUCCGCUGUCGUGAACUUUUAUUCUGAUGAAGAGGAGGACCUCGAGGAGGAGGAUAUGCAGAAGGCUAACGACUCCACUGAAGCUAACUUUGAUUCUAAUGAAGAAGAGGAGGAUCUCAAGAUGCGGGAGACAUUCGAAGAGCCUAAAGAAAAUGAGGAGAGUGGAGAGGAAGAUGAUUUCAGCGCUGAUCUGUCAUCAGAGUUUGACGAUGUUGAAUUCAGUGAUGCUGAAACUGAAAGCCCCAGCUCUCCGCUGGUGCUUGAGGGAAUCCAAGCUGCUCCUGCCUCAUCUGCAGCCAAGACUGUUGACUCUGCCACCACUAACAUGAGCUUAAGGAAGCUUAAAAGUGCUUUCAAGGAGGGUCUUGAAGCCAAGACUGUUGACUCUGUCGUCACCGAAGAAGUUGAAGAAUCCAGCGAGGGCAGUGAGGUUUCUCAGCAUACCGAGACCGUCACAGAGACACUGGACCGGGUCACCAUCACUGAGGAGAAGAAUGAAGAGUGCGCAAAGCAAAACGUCGCCCUCACUAACAUGAGCCUAAGGAAGCUUAAGAGUGCUUUAAAGGAGGGUCUUAUUGCUGCCAAGGAAGGGCAGAACCUGGCCAUCACCGCCAAUGAAGGCAGCAGGGUGGCACUCGCGGAGCUGGACGACAACGCCGAGUACUGAUCGGCGCAGGAGUUCACUGGAAUCAUCAAGCAUCUGCUGGGACUGAAUGAAGGAGAGAGGGCUCUAGUUGUGAAGUGAUAACUAGGGCUUUGCUUUUUUCAUUUCCAAAUUCUGCGGAGGAGUGAAACGCUCAAUUUUUCGUGUGUGUGGGUCGAGAGCAUCGGGUUGUGAAACCAUGGUUUCUCUGAACCAACCUAUACAGUUCGUGUCGGUUCUCUCCCACCCUUGUUUCGUUUUUCUGGUCGUUCGUGUUUGUUCUGUGGUAUAUGUCGAAUGGAUAUGGAUUAUAUAUAAUGAGUAAUAUAUAUACCAGUUCAGGCUUCUGUGCCUUGUUAAUCAAA